AUGAAUGGCUGUACAAUAUUUAAUAACAAACUAGAUGCUUAUUGCAUUGAUUCAGAUCAAAAAGGUAAAUUUAUUAUAACAGCUAGUUCACGUACCAUUACACUUCAUCAUCCAACAAUAACGGAAAAUUGUUCUUCAUGUCACGCUAAAAAUAUAAAAGAAACAAAUGUUGAUAUUCUUCGUUUAAAUAAUUUUGAUACGUCAGAUUUAAAAGUUGCUUUUACAAAUGUUUCUGAUUUAAAUGUAUCAAAAAUAACAGAAUCUGAUAUUAUAUGUAUUUAUUCAAAAUCUGAAACGGGUAGAAAAAUUUCAGAUUUAGAUUGGUGUAUGGAUAAUGACAAUUUAAUUAUCACAACAUCAAAUGAUAAUAGAGGUUAUAUAUGGGAUUUACGUGAAAAAAAUCCAGUAUCAUGGUUUUCAUCACUAUCAAAAAUGCGACAUGGAAAAUUUAAAAAAUCAAAUAUUGGAGAAAAACAAUUUUAUGUUGCUUUUUCAGAAAGCACAAAUAUAAAAUUAUUUGAUAUGCGAUAUCCUAAAAAAGCAUUUAAAAAUGUAUUUGCACAUGAUAAUAUUAUAAAUGAUUUACAAUGGGAUAAUUUAGAUAAUGAUAUAGUAAUAACAAUAUCAGAUGAUUUAAGUAUACGUUAUUGGGAUUGUAAUAAUUUUAAUUCUCCGAUUUAUGAAUUGAAAAGUCCAUUAUUACCAGCAAAGCAAUUUAGCAAUUCACCAUGUGGUAAAUUUUUUACAACAAUAACUGAUCUUUAUUUUAAUCAAAAAAUGUUUUUACCUUCAUAUACAAUAUGGAGGAGACCAGGUGAUAAUAGUAUUUUUUCUAAAGAUUUUAUUGAUGAAAAAAUACGUGGUGGUGUAUGGCAGUAUAGUGAUGAAUAUAUGUCUGAAUUAUAUUUUUUUUAUAUUACUUGUUCAGGAAAAUUUUGUAGAAGAACAUUAAAUUCAUGUCAUUUAGGAACAGAAAUAGAAUCAAUAUUACAUGCUCCUACUAUUCAAAAAAAUACUGAUAUUGAAAUUGAUCAAAGAAUUACACGUUAUGAUUCAGAAACACUAAAUUCUGAAUGUCUUUUAUUAUCAAAAGAACAAAUUAAUAAUAUUAUUGAAGAAAGUGAUUCAUUAAGUAUAACAGAUUCUAAAGAUAUCUCAUUACCUAAAGAAAUUGCUGUUGUAAAUGAAUAUAGUAGAUUUAUAAAAAUACCAUAUUUUGAUGACAAUCUUUUAAAUGAAUUAGAAGGAUUAAAAAAUAUAUCAACACUAGAAUUACAGGCAGCUGAAGUUAAUUUUUCAAGAGCAGCUGUUAUGAUAGUAUAUGAAAAUAUUAAAGUUUCAUUUAAAUUAGUUAUGGAGAUACGAUUUCAUUGUGAUUUUAUUAGUAAUGGUAAUAUUUUUAUAAGUAUUUAUGAAAAAGAUUGUCCUUUGACAACAAAAGAAGCAGAAGAAUUUCUUGAACGUUUACAAUUAGAAUGUAAUAUACAAAAAACAUUACCAAAAAAUAAAAAUUUUAUCAAAAGUAUGUAUGAAAAAAAAGAAAUAAGAAAAAAAAAUUCUUGUGGUAAUAAUAAAAAUCAAGGAGAUCAUAAAAAUAUGACAUUUUUAUGUAUAGUUGUAAGACAAAUACCAAAAAUAAUAAGAGAAAUGAAUGUUUUACCAGAAUAUUUUACAGAUUCAUCUGAUAGUGAUUUUUGUCAUACUGAUUCAGAUGAAGAUGUAUAUAAUUAUCAAAAUUUUCAAUCAAAUAAUGUAAAUAUAAAACUUUUAAAAAAUUUAUCAAAAUCAACACAUAAUGUUUUAGAUAAAAUUGAUCAUAGAAUUUUAGCAGCAACAUUUCCAUUUAAUUAUACUCCAAAUGGAUAUGAUAAAAAUAUAUGUUUACCAAAAAAGUUUGGUGCACAUUUUUGUAAAUCAGGACAUUUUAUAACAUUUGGUAUAAAUAGUACUUAUCAAGCAUUAAUUAUAACAGAAAAAAUUGAUAAAAAUGAUAAAAUAAAUGGUAAAUUAUUAACAUGUGGUACAAAAUUUAGAAAUCAAAAAGGUAAUAAAUUACAUGUUUUUCAUAUAAAUCCAAGAGAUAAAUUACCUAAAUUUCGGUCAAUGUUUAGAUCAUUACAUCAUUUUAGAGAACAUCUAAGAAAACAAUUUGAAAAAUAUAUUUUAGCUUUCACAUGGGAAAAACAUGAAGUUACUGCAUAUCAUUUAAAAUUACGUAAAUUUAUUGAUAUGAAAGAGAGGAAUGAAGAAAAUAAAGAUGAAUAUUUACAUACAACAAAUUGUAAUAAAGAUUUAUACAAUUCAUUAAAACAAUGUUAUCCAUUUAAAAGUCAUGGAAAAGUAUUAUAUACAUUAAAAGAAUCAUUAUCAAUGAAUGAUGUUAAUAAAAUUUUAUUACAAAAAAAUGAUUCAUUAAUUAUAAUAAAAGAUCAUGAAAAAGAAAAACAUAUAAAUAUAUGUGAAAAUAAUUGUAUACAUUUAAUUGAUAAUGAUAUAAAUCAAAUUUUAAAACAUAUUGAAUCGAGAAUGUUUUUAAAUAAUGAGCAAAUAAUAAGUAUAUGGAAUGAAAUGAAAGUAGAAUUAUUAAAAAUUAUGAAUCAAUUUACAAAAGGAUUUAAAAAUGAAUUUACAACAGAACAUAGUUAUAAGCUUGCACCAUUAAAAUUUAUUUUACAACAUUUUAUACGAUCAUCUGACUAUCAUUCUUUAACAUUAUUGGCAAUUAUUUUAAGUCGUAUAUGUAUAUUAGAAACAAAAAAAUUACUAAUAACAUCAGGUGAUACUGGUAUAACAUUACCUCUUUCAAUACCAUCUCGUGUAUCCUAUUUAAGUAAUUAUGGAUAUUAUCGUGCUAUAGUUUAUUAUAAUUUAGCUCUUAAAUAUGAUAUUGAAAGUGUAUUAACACAUUAUAAACAAAAAUAUGAAAAUUUAAUUUGUAUGGAAGAAAAAGAAUCUUCAAAGUAUUUUGUUAAUUAUUAUGAUUUUCCUAUUUUAAUUAAUUAUUAUGUUUCUCAAUGUACUGAUUCUGGAAAACUUACAUAUAAAAAGUAUGCAAUUAAUGAUAUAAUAGAAAAAGAUAAUUAUCAUGUAGAUAAAAGUGAAAGGAUAAAAUAUUCAUUAGAUGAUACACUACUUCAUUAUAUGAAUGUAAUGCAAAACGUUUAUUGUAAAGCAAUAUAUAGAAUGGGUGAUUAUAAUAAAUUUGCAGAAUUUAAUAAAUUUCAAUCAAAUUUAUCCUAUAUAAUUGAAAGUAAAAAAGAAACUUCAAGUCAUAUAGAUGAUGAACUUCUUCAAGUAAAAUGUUCUAUUUGUAAUUUAUGUUGUAGAGGAUUAAUAUCAGUAUGUUUUUUAUGCGGGCAUGGAGGACAUUACCAACAUAUUAAUGAAUGGUUUCGUGAGCAAAAACUUUGUCCUGCUGGUUGUGGAUGCAAAUGUAUAAUGAAUAUUCCAAAAUGCAAAUAA